AGCGGAAGGAUUGACAGAGCGUGCCGCGAGGCCUCCUGGGAGAUGUAGUGCUGCUGGCUAGACUGACACAGGCGCAGGGAACUACAUUUCCUAGAAUCCACGUCGAGGAAAAGGAAAGAGGCGAGGUCAGCUCUGGAGGAUCUUCUGCAGUAAGGACAGCCCGAUCCGCUGAAUCUCCGAUGCUCUCCUCCGGCCGGCUGCUGCUUCGCCGCGCGUUCCGUUGGCCGUCCCUGACCGCGGGGCUCUCGGCACCGGCCGGCCCUGCCAUGGAGAAGCCGGUGGAGGCGUCCAUCCGGGCCAAGCUGGAGAAGGCCUUGCAGCCGGCCCACUUGGAGGUCAUCAACGACAGCCACAUGCACGCCGUGCCCCGGGGCUCCGAGACCCAUUUCCGGGUGGUGGUGGCCAGCCCUCGGUUCGAGGGCCUCUCCCUCAUCCACCGCCACCGGCUGGUCAACGACAUCUUGCAGGACGAGCUCGCCGGCCCGGUCCACGCACUCUCCAUCCAGGCCAGGACCCCGCAGCAGUGGGAGAAGAGCGCCCACGUUGACCAGAGCCCCAGCUGCCUGGGAGGAUCCAAGCACGACCCACACAUGGCGAGCAAAGUGGGGGGGACGAGAUAAAUGUCAGCCUGGCCAGGAGCCAUUGGGGGGUCCCUCCCAAGCCCAUUUGCAAGAUGUCCUUCCCAUUCAGCUGCUGCCCCAGAAUGCCACACCGACCAGUGUGCUUUGCAUUCUAAGAAGUGAUCCAUGCCUCUCUAGGAAUUUUCGUCGGUGCAUUCCAAGAAGUGAUCCAUGCCUCUCUAGGAAUUUUCAUCAGUGCCUGGGCUUUGCUUCCGCUUGCCAGAGUGCGGGCUGGGAUUCUCUUUUCUAAAAGCUGGGCUCUGUUGGAGCCACGUUCCGUUUCCUCCUUGCCCGUUCUGCAAGCGCGGUUGUGGGGGAGAAACGUGGAUGUCCUCAGAGCCACGGUUUGUCUCUUUGGCUGUAACUGAUUAAAUCUCUCGGGCUCCGC